ACCUUUGUCAUCACUCUGUUUCGGUCUUUAACGUGCGAUUUCUGCAACUUCUGCGCCCUUCAAACACUCUUUGCAACCCCUUAAAGGGACCAAUUGUCUUCACUCACAAUUUUUGCUACCAUGGUUGCUAGGGACUACUACAAGAUACUCAAGGUGAACCGUGAUGCCACGGAUGAGGAGCUGAAGAAUGCUUACAAGAGGUUAACCAUGCAGUGCCACCCAGAUAACAACCACCACCAGUGCCCUCUUCGGAAACAAGAGUUUGAAGCCAAGUUCAACAAGAUAACUGAAGCCUAUGCUGUUCUGAGUGACCCCAAGAAGCGCCAGAUCUAUGACCUCUACGGCCACUAUCCCAUUAACCUGAAGAAAAGUGGUGAUGGGGAUGUUGGGAAUAAUCUGAAUGAAGAUGAAGAUUCAGGGGUAGUUGUGAUCAGGUUGGAAUGUACCCUUGUGGAGCUUUACAAAGGUUGCAGGAAGAAAUUGAAAAUCUUGAGGACUGUUCUUGAUGAAUUUGGAAAUUUGAAGACUGUAGAAGAAAUCUUGAAGAUUGAUGUUAAACCUGGUUGGAAGAAGGGCACAAAAAUUACUUUUCCUGGGAAGGGAAAUGUUGAACCAGGAGCUACUGCAGCUGAUUUAAUUUUUGUGGUGGAUGAGAGACCGCAUGGAAUUUUCAAGAGAUAUGGAAAUGAUUUGGUGGUGACCCAGAAGAUAUUACUGCUUGAUGCCCUGGUGGGAACAACACUCAACUUGACAGCCUUGGAUGGAAGAGAUAUCACGUUCGAAGUGACUGAUAUUGUGAAACCAGGAUACGAGAUGGUGGUCCCAAAUGAAGGUAUGCCCCUUUCAAAGGACCCUAGCAAGAAAGGGAACCUCAUAUUCAAGUUUGAUGUUAUGUUUCCAUCAAGGCUAACCACACAACAAGAACAUGAUCUAAAAAGGAUUCUUAGUGAUGCUGAUAGAUAAACCCAUACUUGCAAUUAGUCUAAUGGUUGUAACUCUUCAGCAACCCUCUUCCACAUGAGAAUUUACAUAACUAAAUAUGCAGUUUCACUAUCCAAUAUGAAUUUUGUACAUGGUAUAUAUGAACUUACCAAGCAUAUAUAGUUGCACCCUUUUUCUACAGCAUAUAUGAUGCAACUUAGGAAACAAGUGCUUAUCAAUAUUUUGCAUUUUUCGCAUUUGUACUCUACUGUACAUUGACUGGUUUCAAUUAAAUAGAGGUGUCUUGUUUAUUA